GAGAGUUUUUGAUGACAUGAGAAUUUGUGUAUUAUCUUGACUUUCCCCUUUCUUCUUCGUUUAAUUUGUAGUCGUCGGGGAUAAAUUCAAUACAAACGAACAGCCAUGGACUAAGGAAACUAUUCCAGACGGACGUAAUCUUUGUUUUCAGGUGUUAGCGGCCUCGACACAUUUGAUGCGCUUUCUCGUUCGCCAUGUCUUCCACCUGGGGUUUUCAGCAGUUUGCGGGCAGACGGUGAUGUUCAGACUGCCUGGCGUUUUCAGAGCAGUACGCAGGAGCCUCUGCAGCCUCGCGGACCAGGACAUGGCCAAGGGGAAGUUUUACUACGCAGUCAGGAAGGGAUUCAAACCGGGCGUCUACAAGUCGUGGGACGAAUGUAAGAGCCAAGUGGACAAAUUCCCGGCAGCCGUCUUUAAGAAGUUUGCAACAGAGCGAGAUGCCUGGGCGUUCGUCAGAGGAGUCACGCUGCCUCCUCUUCCAGAAAAGAAAGUGACAGAAAGCGUGGAGCAGGACGUCAACCUGCUCCCUAAACGGGGUCCGGAGCCGCUGUACUACAUCCCUCUUGGUAAGAAGAGGAGUCUCUCAGAGACGGAGGAGGCUGCUGAGCCUCCCAAACGGGUCAAAACCUCAGACGGCUCCUCAUCACAGAGCUCCGAUGGUUUCACGUACAUGGGUGACGCCGUGGUGGUCUACACCGACGGCUGCUGCUCGUCCAACGGGCGGAAACGAGCCCGAGCCGGCAUCGGCGUGUACUGGGGCCGCAACCACCCGCUUAACGUCGCAGAGCGACUCAUGGGGCGGCAGACCAACCAGCGCGCUGAGAUCCAGGCUGCAUCCAAAGCGCUGCAACAAGCUCAGGAGAACAACAUCAAGAAGCUGGUCGUCUACACAGACAGCAUGUUCACCAUCAACGGUGUGACCAAGUGGGUGAAGAACUGGAAGCAGAACGGCUGGAGGCUGCAGGGCGGAGGGUCGGUCGUCAACAAGGACGACUUCGUGAAGCUGGACCGACUCAAUUCGGAGCUGGAGGUCGUCUGGCUGCACAUCCCCGGACACGCCGGAUACAAAGGCAACGAGGAGGCCGACCGGCUGUCACGAGAGGGAGCGGCGAAGCCGUACAUCAAAGAGGACGAGGACCAAGACGAGGACGAGGACUUCUAGAAUCCUGCAGGAUCAGGGCUUUUUUCUUUUAUCCUUUUCUUUUUUGUGUGUGAACAAACUCAGACCCAAGACGGUGUGUUGUUCAGUGUUUCUGUUGAGUUGGUUUAAUUCUGAAUUAAGUUUUACUUGUUGGAAUAAAGUUUCAUCAAAGGAGA